AUGUCGAGGGUGCUGCUGGUCAAAUGCAACGUAGACAAGUUAAUCGUUGGAGAGGAUGGCGAGGGGGGGGCUCCCCCCAAACGCAAACAGCAAAAGGCCAAAAGACCACAAAAGCGCCGCAAGACUGCGAAGGCGGCUGAUCAGGAGGGGGCGGCUAAUCAGGAGGCGGCUAGCCGGGAGGCGGUUAGCGAGGAGGCGGCUAGCCAGGAGGCGGCUAUCCAGGAGGCGGCUAGCCAGGAGGCGGCCGCCGAUAAGGCUGAUGGCCAAACGCAACCAGCAAAAGGGCAAAAGGCCACAAAAGCGCCGCAAGACGGCGAAGGCGGCUAG